GAGCUCCAAAAUCCCCAGAGAGCUUUUUAGUACAGACGGUGCCUCUCCUGAUCAUUCUGGUCUGGACACUCCAAGACCACCAGGGGGAGCUGGUGCUCUCCUUGCAUCGCUUGAGAAGCUCAGACGGCCGAACGGAGGUCCAGGGAAUGGAGAGAGCUUGCCAUCGGAGAGCACCAGACAUUAAGGACAUGCAAAGAUCUCCUGCUGAAGGUGGAGAUUGUUCCAGCCAGUCCAUUGAACAGGAAAUCCAAGGCAAUGCUGCUUCCGAGGAAUACCCAGCCAGGUCUCUCUGGCGAUGCCCUGGAUGCCAUUGCCUAACUGUGCUUCAUGUCCCUAUUGAUGUAUUCAUUGCCACGGGCAGAGGAUUGCCAAUCGGCAGCCAUCUUAAUGUGAGCAAGGAGGGCCGUUUAGGGAGACUGCCUGACCUCGCAGGCAAGUAUCGACCCGACCCCUCUGUCCAGUGCUCCGUCUCACAGUCAAGAUGUAGACCCCUCUUGCCUGUCCUGCUUGCAACUUUGUGAAAGAAUAGUGCAGCCAGCAAGCAGGUCUGAAAACUCUGCUACUGCAUUUCCUGAACAAACUAGACGGGACACACAGUUUUGAAAUUAGCACACAAUACUUUUUUUUUUUUGACAAGGAGUAGCCUUUGGUGACUUGUCCUUAAACCUGUACAGGUGAAAUACAAGUAAAUACAAAGUUGAGAUAACCGGUAAUA